AUGCUAAACUCUCAAAAAUUCGCAUUUAAAGCGGAAGCAGUGUCGAAGAAUCUUCCAGUACUAACAACAUCAAGAAAAGGAAGAUACUCAUUGAUUAUAAUUGAGAAUUACUAUAAAUAUCUGAAUAUGGCACGAUGGAAUCGGCAAUUAUUGGAUAAAUAUUGUAAAGAGUAUCGAGUUCCAAUGUUUUCAUUCAUUGCAAGCAAACCGAAUGAUCAAUUAAAAAGAAUCAAGAUUAAGGGAAGCUCGCUCUGGAUGUGGCAAAAUCAACGAAUCCAACGUCUCACUGUUUCUCCAUCCCCAAUUCACAAAAUAUCAAAAAUCGGAUCAUUUCGAAAUUUAUCCUCAGAAGAAUCUGAUUGGAUUCUAUUUGAAACAUCUGAAAAUUUCGAUUCAAUUCUCACUGGGACAGUAAAAAGUGGAUAUGAGAGAGCAGUUGUUGUGAGAGAUUUAGGGAGAGAAGACGGUGUGGAACGAGUGAUUUUUGGAAGAAAUUUGACAGAUUUUCAAGUGAAAAUGACGUUUUUGGAUGCACUUUGGUGGGCAAUGGGUACGGAGAAGACAUUCGGAUUGGAGAGAUUUGUGCAGAUUGAUAUUGAUGAUAUAUUCGUAGGUGCAGCCGGCACUCGAAUCGUGGAAGAAGACGUCAAUCGAUUAAUUUCAAGUCAAUCUCAUUUCCAAAAAUCCGUUGAAAAUUUCAAAUUUCUUUUGGGUUUUUCUGGAAGUUAUUUCCGAAAUGGAGACGAUUUAGAGGACAGAGGAGACGAGUUUCUUGUGGAGAAUUCGGAGAAAUUCGUGUGGUUUCCUCAUAUGUGGAGACAUAAUCAUGCACAUGAACAUAAUUUCACUUAUUUGGAGGCUAUUAUGAUUCAGAAUAAGAUUUUUGCGCAGAACAUGCACCUCCCAGUCGACUAUCCAUAUGCAAUUGCUCCACAACAUGACGGUGUCUUCCCAGUACACGAACAGAUGUUCGAGGCAUGGAAGAAGGUCUGGAAUGUUUCCGUCACCGCCACCGAAGAGUAUCCUCACUUCAAACCAUCAACCGGACGAAAGGGAUUCAUUCAUUCAGGAAUUCAUGUGUUGCCACGUCAAACAUGUGGAUUAUACACUCAUACACAGUUAUUCGAUGAAUAUCCUGAUGGUUUUGAUAAGAUUAUUCAUUCGAUUCAAGGAGGAGACCUCUUUUUCACUAUUCUGUUGAAUCCGAUCUCAAUAUUCAUGACCCACCAACAGAACUAUUCGCAUGAUCGUCUCGCUUUGUACACUUUCGAAAAUUUGUUCCGUUUUCUCAAAUGUUGGACAAAUAUUCAAUUGAAAUGGCAGAGUCCGAUAGAGUCGGCGAAUUUGUACUUUCAGAAAUUUCCAGAAGAGAGAAUUCCGUUGUGGACGAAUCCUUGCACAGAUCCACGUCAUCAAGCAAUUCUCCCACCAUCCAUCAAUUGCACACUGAAGAAAUUACCGGAUUUAUUGAUUCUUGGACCACAAAAGACUGGAUCCACAGCUCUCGGCAGUUUCCUCUCCCUCCAUCCUGAUGUCUCCCAGAAUUCACCAGUUCCUGGAAGUUUCGAAGAAGUUCAGUUCUUUGGUGGAAAAAAUUAUUUGAAAGGAGUCGAAUGGUACAUGUCAAACUUUCCGAAUGAAUCUACAGUAAUCUACGAGAAAAGUGCCACGUACUUUGACAAUCCGUCGGCUCCGAAACAGGCGGCCUCGUUGAUUCCACAUGCAAAACUUGUCGUGAUUCUGCAGAAUCCCGCGCAAAGAGCGUAUUCGUGGUUUCAGCACCUGCUUGCCCACAAAGAUCCGAUAGCCACAUCAUUCGGAUCACUUGAAUCAAUACUUCUGAAUACAACGUCUUCUCCUGAAUCAUUGAAAAUCCGACAGAGAUGUAUUUCUGGUGGAAGAUAUGUUCAUCAUUUGGAUAAAUGGUUGGAACAUUUCUCACUUCAACAAAUUCUAUUCAUUGAUUCUGAUGAGCUGAAGGAACAACCGGUUAAGGUCUUGGCAACACUCACGAAAUGGCUGGAUUUGCCAGAUUAUCCAUACGAAUCGCACAUUCGAUUCAGUAAAUCAAAAGGAUAUUUCUGUCGUUUUAUAGAUGAGAAAACGAAAUGUCUCGGUGAAAGUAAAGGACGGAAAUACCCGGAAAUGGAUGAGGAAUUACGAAUGAAACUAGAUAAAAUCUUCUCAUUGGAUAACUCUUCUCUCUACAAAUUCCUGAAAAAGAAUCGAUUGAGAAUACCGAAAUGGUUGGAGGAUGUGGUUAGGGUUAGAGCGUGA